UUAAGAAAUGGUUCCUUCUGGUUGCUGACCAGCUCACACAAAGGGAAGCCCAUUUCCUGCCAACAGACUAUAUUGUCAUAUACCAUCUCAUAGUAGGCUCCUUCUGGGGUAGUGAUGACACACAGAAGCAGUGACUGCUUUGUGUUGCCUUAGAAAUCAAACCAAAGAUCAACAGUAGGUAGUUGAAAAUCUGAAUUGAGGGCAGAAAUUCAGUGGUUAGAAACCAGUUCUUUGCGGAAUAGAGAAUGAAAAAUUAGACCUCAGGGGAAGAGUGAAGAGCAAAGAUGCUGUUCAUGAAGCUGGCAAACAGCAGGGCAUUAGCCGAAGCCAGGAAUGCUGUGGAGAAAGAGCACCAGCUGACAGAGUCAGCUUCGAGGAGAACGGGCAGUGCAAGACUACCAAAGCAGAAUAGAGCACUGAGGGCUGUCACCUCACAGCCACCCAUGGUGACAGACUCAGAGUGGUUUGAUCUGAGUGCAGAGGAACAAUUGGCCUGGGCUAAGAGUUCUCAAGACCCUCGGAUUGCAGUAGGUUCCUAUUCCCCACUAGAAAAGAAAAUUAAGAGUUUAGGUGGCACCCAUUCUUCACGAGUGAGAAAACUGUUAGUCCAGGAGUUCCAACAGGAGAGUGAAACAGCUGGUAAACUUAAGACCAUGUCUUUUGACUUCCGGUUUGCUAAAGCAGAUUCCUUCUACUAUCAACAACAACAAGAAAUGAUCAAAGAAGCCUGGAAUUAUAUACCAGAUUCAGAAUGGCCCAUUGCCCCAGAGGAAGAGAAGAAAUCAAAAAGCAAAAUACCAGACAAUGAUAAAAAAUGGAACUAUCUAGUAUCUGAGAGGGAAAUGAAUCACAUAGAAAAACACAUCCACAGAGCUGAACGGGCUAGAGGCCUCAGAGAUCACAAAUAUAGACUACUCCCUCAAAGAAUUCCAAGUGAAACGCUUUCCCCAAAACCAUUAGUACCAGAAGAUGAAAAGAAUAAAAGUGUCCAGAAAACUACAAAUGUACAUAAAACCGUACCCAAAAAGCCCAAAGUCGCAUGGGCAAAGGAGCAGAUGAAGCGACAUACAGACCGAAUGGUUCGAGGAAGAGAGCUUGCAGAGCAGAAAAACGAUCAAAGGAAGACUCACACCUUCCCCAGCCAUGUUCGUUGUCCUCUCUUAAAAUCCCAAGUGAAGGAGGAAGAGAAAGAGUAUGAAAAGGUCACAGCUUAUCCCAUCUUCCAGCCUUCCCAGGAAAAACUUAUAGAGGUGACUAUUCUGGUAGAAAAGUCAAAACAGGAUAAAGUGCAAAAGCCACUCCAAAGAGAGCUCCUGAGUAUGCCGCCUUUUUUGAAAAGUCAACUAGAAAAAAAAAAAAAGCUUCAGUCAUUUCCUUGAUUAUUGUAUUUCUUUCUUAGAUUAGCAUAUUUUAUAGUAACUAGUACACUGAAAUCAUAGAAAAUAGACAUGAAAAGGGAUAAUGGCAGCUCUAGACAAGUAUACUUGAAAAAUCAUGGUGUUAAGGUUAGGGCUAAGGAGUAAAAGUUAAAUGAGAACAGAAUGGCCCCUAAUGGCAUAGUAUUGGGGGAGGGGGUGUUCUGUAGUAAUCUUGGGUGAUGAUUGCAGCAUCAAAAUUAAAAUGCUGUAUCAUACCCUGAUUGAAUGAGUUGGGUUGUUUUGACAGAAAGUAUUUAAAAAAGACAAAGUAACCAUGAAAAGGUAGACAACGGGCCAUCGUUAGAAAGCACACUUUUAAAAUCCUGAAGCAGGGCUGGGGAGAUGUCUCAGCAGGUCAAAGUGCUUGUUUCAUAAGCCUGACAACCUGAGUUCAGACCCCCAGAACUCAUGUAAAUGCCAGAUGUGGAUGCACAUGUCUGUAAUCCCAGUACUCUUAUAGCAAGAUAGAAGGUAGAAACAAAAUUCCCAGAAACCCAUACAAUGCAGCAACAGAAACAAGGUAGCAGGAGAGGUAGGACUGGACCCAAGGCUACCCUCUAACAACCAGAUGUGCACUAUGGCAUACGUGCCCUAACACAAAUAUGCAUGGGUACACAUGCGAAUCAUAUACACACAUACACAAAAAUAAAUAAAAUCUUGAAGGCAGCAAUAAUCACAAGGAAUUGACGAGUGGUUUGGACAGACAAAAUAAUGGGUAGUACAUACAUGUCUGGGCAGUAGCCUGAGCAAGAUGGACAAAAAGACUGUAAGGGAAGUAGUGACUGGUUAAGGAUGGGGGAAAGAAGAAUUCACAGAAUGAAAUUUCCUGUGAAAUAUGGUAAAAAUAUUAGUACAGAGAUUUUAAAGUUUGAGAAAUUAUGUUUUUAAAUUCCAAUAAUCACUUAACAUAGAUCCAGCCUCUUUAAGUUUAAACACAAAGUUAUGAGACUAUUCCCAACAUAAAUGCACUAUAGUAUGAAGCAAAGGAAUAAUAAAAGUGGGAGGGAACCAGGGAGAGACAACACCAAGAAUGUAGAUUAGGGUGUAAAGGUUCACAUCAAAUACACAGCAAGAUCCAUUGGAGUUAAUUUGGAAAGAAACUGGUAAAAGUGUCAUAAUGCAGACUCAGAAGAUCCGGUGGGAAAGGAGCUACUCUGCCAGGGUUUUGAAAGAUUUCCAAAUGAUUCUUACUCAAUUCUUCAUAAGACUGUGCAUAUCAUGGGAAGGGGACAUGUUACAAAGUAUACAUGUGGAGGUCAGAGUUGUAGACUUGAUUCUCUCCAUCCUUGACAUGGUUAUGAAAUGUUCAUUCCCUGAGCCAUCUCACCAGCCACCAGGGAUUUGUUUGUUUGGUUCUUUUGAAACAGGGUUUAG